ACAAACUUUUCCCAGAUUAAUUUCUCCAGUUAUUAAUUUCUUUUUUGGUCAUAAUUUCACUCUUAACUCUUUUGGAUUUUUAUACCAGAAAAGAUGCUGAUUUUCCGAACUUGUACAAUUUUAUUGUAAAUAAGUGAAUAAGGGGAAACCACGUGUCUUCAUGAAACUAAGGAGGCUUAUUAGUGCAUGCCUAGAUGCUUUAAAUACACUAAUAUCUGGCAUUGAGUCACCCAAUUCAUUUUCCUCUUAUCGAUACUUAGAAAGGUGCACUUGCUAAGAGUUUUGCUUGAAAAGCGCUCAAAAUCUGGGAGUCAUGGCUGAAGGUGGCAAUGUAGCUUGUACUGAGAGAAAAUGGAAGAUACCACUCUUUGUUUUCUUUGAAGAUAUUAGGCAUGUGUUCAAAUUCGACGAUCUUGGCAUGGAAAUCUUACGUAUCGCGUUCCCUGCAGCACUAGCAUUAGCUGCCGAUCCCAUUGCUUCUCUAAUUGAUACAGCAUUCAUCGGUCAUUUAGGCUCGGUCGAAAUUGCAGCAGUAGGAGUAUCAAUAGCCAUUUUCAAUCAAGCCUCUAAAGUCACAAUAUUCCCUUUAGUUAACAUAACUACUUCAUUUGUUGCUGAGGAAGACACAGUUAGAAGAAUUAGCGAAAAAGCAGCAGCAAUAGCUGAUUUGGAGAAAGGUAAGGAGGACAAGAAUGAUAACAAAGUGAUAACAGAUGAUACUUAUGACAAUGAGAAGAUGGAAAAAUGUGCAUCCACCAAUAACGAAACCAAAGAGUCCGCACCCGCACCAGAAUUUGGGACAAUAGCAUGCAAGUCUUCGGAUAAUCAAAGUAAAGCCAAACUCAAACGUGUAAAGCGACAUAUUCCAUCGGCUUCAACUGCAAUUCUCAUGGGCUGUAUUCUUGGCCUUUUGCAAACGAUCUUUCUAAUAUUUCUCGCGAAACCAAUUUUGAGUUUAAUGGGGGUGAAAUCUGAAUCUCCCAUGCUUUCUCCAGCAAAGAAGUAUUUGACCCUGAGGGCGAUUGGUGCUCCUGCUGUCCUCCUUUCUUUGGCUAUGCAAGGCGUUUUUCGCGGUUUCAAGGAUACAAGAACUCCGUUAUUCGCUACUGUUGCUGGAGAUUUGACAAACAUAAUUUUGGACCCAAUCUUUAUUUUUGUUUUCCAUUGGGGUGUUAGUGGUGCUGCCAUUGCUCAUGUUCUUUCUCAGUACUUGAUAUCAAUUAUUCUCCUGUGCAAACUGAUGACGGAAGUUGAGUUGUUACCUCCUAGUGCGAAAGAUCUGCAGUUCAGCAAAUUUCUUAAGAAUGGGUUUUGGUUACUAGCAAGGGUGAUAGCUGUCACAUUUUGUGUGACUUUGGCUGCAUCAUUGGCUGCACGGCUAGGCGCAACACGGAUGGCUGCAUUUCAAGUGUGCUUACAAAUCUGGCUAACAUCAUCUCUACUUGCUGAUGGAUUGGCUGUAGCAGGACAGGCAAUCCUUGCUAGUUCCUUUGCUGAGAAAGACUACCAGAAAGCAAAGGCUGCAGGAGUGCGAGUCUUACAGAUGGGAUUUGUGUUGGGAUUUGGACUUGCUUUGGUUGUUGCAAUUGGUUUAUAUUUUGGAUCAGGAGUCUUUUCAAAGGACAAAAAUGUUAUCCGCCUCAUAACCAUUGCCAUCCCGUUUGUCGCUGGUACACAACCAAUCAACUCAGUGGCGUUUGUGUUAGAUGGUGUCAACUUUGGAGCAAAUGAUUUUGCAUACUCAGCAUAUUCCAUGGUUUUGGUUGGUGCACUAACAAUAACCUCUGAGUUUGUCCUUUCCAAAACCAAUGGUUACAUCGGAAUAUGGAUUGCUUUAACUAUAUUCAUGGCCCUGCGUACAUUUGCCGGUUUGUGGAGGAUGGGGACAGGAACAGGACCAUGGCGUUUUCUGCGGGUUCUACCAAUGUUAUCAGAAGCCAAGUCAUAGAAUUGCUAGCACUUACGUGGCUAAAUAUAAAGUUUUCCAUCUUUAUUUUCCUCUGUACUUCUCCUUACAGAGUUUUUUUUUUUUUUUUUGGCUUACAUGGUAGAAAUUCGACACACUUUUCUACUCAUAUGUUUGUAUAAUAGUCUGACUUCGAUGUCAUUUUUCGUAUGAUUCUGUAUUGGAUGGAAGCUAGCUAUAUCUAGAAUACAUCUUGGCAUAUGAAACUUCUAUAUGUUUUUGGUCCCA